UGAGAGUUUAACAACAAUCCCCGUAAGCCAUUGAGAGCAUUGUUAUUUCACUUAGACUAUGAAUCUACCUACCCUUCCUACUACUAUUUACUACUACUACUACUACUACCACUACAACAAACUACUACUACUACUACUAUUACCACUAUUCUAAGCACUCACAGAGACACAUACACACUUACAAUUCAUCUCGUUUUUCCCCUCCCCAACUAUCGAGUAGAUGCGAGUAGUAUGCGGAAGCCUUAGCUUUGAGUUUUUGGUAGGGUACCCGGACAGCGAGACAGAUACAAUCCUUCCCCACGUUUUCCGAGAGAACCAAACACUAGUUGGAAACGAACAAAAAAAAACUUGAGAAAUUGUGUACUCACUCUUUAAAUGGCGCUUCUAGCUAACAUUUUUUCCUUAGCAAAAGUUGACUACUACUAACACACUAUCACAUUCUUGCAAUGAGAGUAACUCAACAAUAACUCCGCGAGUAACGUGUCUUUGAACGUUUUUCCUAUCCUCGACAUACUACGAAGCCACUUAGUAGGGUUGCCAUUGUUCAGUAGGACUGCCAUUGUAAUUCAUUCAACUCAUAUCAUUCUCAACAUUCAAUAGUUUGGAACGACAGCUAGAGAGCUCCAAUAGAGAACGGGGAACUGGGAAAAGAAUGCUUAGGUAUCAUCUGUUUACGUCUGUAAAGCAGGAUCAUCGUGUGAACUUCCCAUGCAUCAGGCGCUAGCAGAGGCAGAAGCUAUCGGUAUCGGUUCAUCGAACAGCAACUACCACGAGAUAGAAAUUCUUCAAGCUACAUCAGUAACAGGUUGGUGCAAAGGUAAACGAAAAGUAAUUACUUCACUACGAAUGUGCACGGUGUGUGAGUUUGCAAGAGAGUGGUUUUAUGGUUUUUUCCCCCAAGAGCACGUGUUUCAAGUGUGUGCGAUUUAUCUCUGGAGUGUCACAAAGUUGUGCUUUGAGCAAUGCCCAUUCAUAUGGCAUGAAUAGAGGAAAUGUUUCUAAUCCGUUCUCUCAGGUUUUUGGCGUUUGACAGGUGUCUUGAUAUCUGUCAAACUUUCAGCAUAACUUAUGGUGGAUAAAUGUGUGUGCUUGGUGGAAGAAGAAUGUCCAGAGCAAUAAGCAAUUGGAGCGAUCUUACAGCAGCGAUACCGCAUGGAACGACUACAAAUCAACGGCCAACUCCGAUGUAGCUAACAGCUAAGCCAUCAUCAACCAUCAACACUUCAAACCCCAAACAGGCUUUUUAGGAGAGGGCAUCCAUCAAUUGAUAGAUUUAAGUACACCCGCCAUCCCACACGCAAAGAGCAUAACAAACACGAAAGAUAAAUCCCCCGAUAUCCCCCCCCCCCCCCCUCCAAACGCAAGUAACGCGCAUCGUCGCAGCCGCAGCCCGGGGCGCGACACCGGUCGCACGCCGGAAUAUAAAACAAAAGGAGAAAAACAAAGAUAAUAAAAUGAAAUGUUAACAAAUUUUUGAAAGGUUUUCUUGUUUUUAUUUUGUAUUAUUAAAGAGGAGGAAGAAGAGGAAGAAGAAGAAGAGUUAGAAGAAAAAAAAAACAAGAAGCAACAGGAAGAGGCAGCCAAGCGAGAGCGGCGCAACAGCUGGCGUAGUAAAUAAAUUAUAUUAAACAAAUCAUGCAACUAGAAGGCAGGGUAGGGCGGGGAGUAGAUGGGUUGUACGACCCCAACCCUCCCCCCACGAGGCAAUAACUGUCGAAAAACCUGUCCAAUUGUGCAGACAAAAAACAAAUGCCACCUUAAGAUGGGCAGCACCUGCAGGCUGACACAAAACAAGUAAAACAAACAGACAAACAAACAAACAAAUCUAACAUCGAAUUGCGAGUAUGUUUCGUGGCCGGUUUGAGGCAAAAAACAGCAACAAAAAAUACAAUGGAAGAUGGAAAACGACGCGUGCAUAAUAGGCGAAGCUAACCAUUUCUUGACGAAAAUGCUUCAACAGUUCGAACAAACAUUUUCUAACAUUAACAAAAUCCCACCCCCGGUUCCUUACUUAGGCUUGCGUUUCGCCGACAAAGAGAUGGUCAAUUGCUAGGCUAUUUAUAGACGCUGUUAUUGGUGCAAAUGCAAUGCGCUUUCUUCAUCUGGACACGCUAUUAAACCUUUCCUUUUUGCGCAUCAAAUUGCAAAUGCCCCGCAAGAGGAAGCGACGCAGAACGAAGAGUGGAAGAGGAAAGUGGCAAAAAGAACAAUUUAUAAAACGCCAGCUACUAGGAGAAAACAAAAUAAGAAAUCGUACAUAUCUGUUGAGACGUGUGCAUGCUGUUGUUGUUGAUGUUACGUUUUUGUUUUUCAGCAUUCAGCACGUCUUCAAUACGGUGCUGCACUCACACACACACACAAACUCACAUAAACACUCGCUGGGUGCGGUGGGGAAAGCCCCGCGGAAGCAAUGGCCUUGAUGCGCUUUCACGCGGGCUCCAGGCUCAUGGCACAAGGAAGGGCUCACGUUUUAUCGUUCCGCGUUGCCAUUACGUUGUAAUGCUCAAUGCUAACGCUACUCUAUUGGCAGAUUAUUGUUCGCUGAAGAACUGUUGAACCGCAAAACAACACAAAUCGUAGCAAAAGACACGAAGAAAGAGUCAUACAAAAGAGAGAAGACGAAGCAAAAAAUUGGAACAAAGCAGAGCAACAUUGAGUGUGUAUAAGUAAGACGUGGAAACAGACGGAAAUGUUCUAAUAAAGGAGAAGCAGAGCAAAAGUACAUACUCAGAAAAGAAAACGAACAAAAACCAAACAAAGAAAUAAUACAUAAGAAAAAGAUAAGACAAAGCAACAGCAAACCAAAAAACUAAACAAACAAACAAAAAACAAAAAAACAAUUGUUAUUCACGUUACACAAAUUUGCUAAUUAUUAGUAGGCAUUGACAUAUGGUUACAAAACUGUAAAUAGUGCACGAAUGCAAUUUUCGGUGGUGGGAAUGUUGUUGGUCGUAAGCUAAUCCAACCAAUAAUAAAAGGAAAGAAGCUAAGGUAGUGUGUAAUGGCAGAGGCGUAACAGAAAGAACAAACAGAAAAGCCCGCCCCCCGCAAACUCCCGCACACACUCAUGUUAGCAGGGAAGAUAGGAAGGAAAUGCAAGGGAACGGCUUCGGUAAAGGGAGAACGAAGAGACGAGACACGAUUUUGGCGUCCACAACAAUGCAACAAAACAGAAAACAAAUCAACGUGGCUUACGCAACGCACAUACGCAAAGUCUGUACCGCGAAUUUGCCGCGCGCGCGUAAUGUAGCUGCCCGCUCGAAUGCAUUUGCCACUUCGCGCGCCAGUGGCGCCGGCGGCGAGUGGUGUUGAUGUUUACCCGUCCAGAUUACAGCACAGAGGAGUGUUACGGUGGAGAAGCGUUUUUUGCAUUAUUAUAAACCAAUUGGAAGCGUAUGUGUGGCGAUAUUUAUUGGCAGCACAAUAUUUGGAGACACUGGUGGGCCGAUGGCGUAGAGAGAAUGCCACAUCCGCAAAGCCAUACUGAUUCUUCACUCCUACUACUUCGCUACUGUCACACAGUCUGAAUUCCUUUCCAAUCCAUUGGAUUUCUUACACGGAAAAGCUCUUCUAUAGGAUGCUGUACAUUCCGUUUAUCCGUUCCCACUGUCACUCUCGCUCUCCUUUGCAUCUGUGUGAACAUUCUUGACAGGACAUUCUAUUUGGAAGCUCUUGGAAGCUCUUGGAACACUCCCAGGAACACUGCAACCUACUCAAACUCUUCUUAUAUUUUCUUCUACGCGAAAAAGAAAACCAAAACUCCCACCAAAAUGAUCGCUCGAAGGCGCCUUUUUUUCUUGUCCCCACUAAAGCGUUCCGUUGAAUCCGUUCGACCUUGACUCGUGAUAGGGGAUCGCACCCAUUCGCCUCCUCUCGCCCCUGCCUAACCAGUGGGUGUAGAUGCGCAGAGGGUGUCCAGUAAGGGGAGGAUGUUUUUUUUAGGCACUGAAACGCAUAUAAAUAUUAUACAUACGGAUAAAAACACAUACGCAAACAACGUAGUCAAUUUGUAUCAUACUUUCGUUUCACGGGCGCGCGAACGUUUCCCAAUUCCGCGCUGCUUUUCGGUGGUUCUAGGUUUUCCAACCAGUUUUCCGCAUUCCGCAAAAUGAACAAAACAUAACAAAAACGAUGUGUGCAACGUUAAAUAUAUACAUAAAAUAUGUGCGCGCGUGUGUGUGUGUAUGUGUGUGUGAGAGAGAGAGGGAAUAAAAUACAUUACUAGAACAAGAAACACAAAAAGCAGCAACACAGUUUUUGCCUACAACAACUGAAAUAUUUAAAAAAAAACAAUUACAAAAGUGUGCUCUUGUUCUGAACAUGUCUUGUUAUGCUACCAAAUGCUGAGGAGAAAGAGAGAGAGAGAGAGAGAGCAAAACAGAACGCUAAACUGGGUAUAGCAUUAGCGAAAUCAGGGUUUUGCAGCAGGACUUUUAAAAAUUUCCGAUCGAUCGGACCGAAGCAACGCUAAGCGUAUUGGUUGGCUUUUUUAUUGUUUUUUUUCCUCAUUACCUAUAAAGUGCAAAACAAAACAGUUCCAAAAUUGAACAUAAAAACACAUACCGACAAACACUCCGCACACACACACGCGCGCGCGUAUACAGAUCACAUAUAUACGUUGCAGUUAGUGUAGUUAAAGACAAGAAAAGUAUAAUGUUAAAACAAGGGAGAAAAACAUGAAAAUAAGCUAUGUUUUUCGCAAAUUACACACAUACACAUAAAUAAAAAAAACGAUAUACGCUUGAAGAAGAAUGCCACACUAUUUGUCGCGCGGUGCAUUCAUUCUAAAAUCCCAAAAGUUAAAUAACGAACAAGAAAAAAAAAACAAAACAAAACAAACAAAAAGAAUGCAUAAUUAAAGGUCAAAACAAAGAGGAGCGAAAAUAAAUACAACAGCAAAACAAAACAAAACAUAUAACAUCACGUAGCAAGUAAGCAACAUGAUCAAUGUUAGUCCUAUGAGGUAAAGGGGAGAGGAUAGUAAAAGUAACACACAAACACACACACA